CUGUUUUACGUGACGUCAUGCCAAACUAAAAUGAAAAGCUCAGCACUCAGCGCAUCAUAGUGUCUACUUGUAUAGUGGAUAUAUCCGUCUUAAGAUAACAGACAGAAGUAGAGAGGGUUUUAUCGUUUAAUCUCCUUUUACAGUGCGUUCUAGCCGAUACUUCCUAUAUGUUCUCCUACUUCGCGCAAGGCAAUUCCAGCAGUUGUAACAACAAGGCCAUGUUGUAAAUUGGACAGAACGGUCGAACUCGACAACAAAAUAAGUUCGAAGUAAAAAGCAAGAGCCGAAACUGUGUUAGUUUUUCUCUGUACACAUUGUCGCAGUUGUGUUAUGUAAACACAAUAAAUGGAUGACAGCAACAGUUCUCUAGGCUCCAGCAACGAAGAAAAUGCUGUCCCUGAAAACAAAUCAACAAACAAGAUCUGUGGAGUGUGUGGUGAUAAGGCAAAAAGUUACCACUUUGGCGGAUUGUGUUGUGAAUCCUGCAAAGCCUUUUUUCGAAGAGCAAUGCAAAAUGAUUCCUUCAAGGCAUUUUUCUGUGUCCACGGCCAAUCUUGUAUUGUAAACAAGGAAAAUAGAAGAUCGUGCCAGAAGUGUAGGAUCCAGAAAUGUUUCUCAAUAGGAAUGGAAAAAGGAUGGCUUCGAACUGAUGAAGAAAAUGUGAAAAUGAGAGAAGCGAAGCUAGUCAAUAAGCCUGCAAAGCAAAAUGCUGAGUUAGAUGAGCAGCGAAGCAGCAGUCCUGAUUCAGCUUUGCAAAACACUUCUCCCUACCAACCCAGAUUUGAAAAUAUCCUUGUUUAUCUAAUGCCAGAGGAUGUGACAUUUUUAGAAAAAAUUGUCGAUGACUAUUGGAAAGCUUACAAGCAAGUACCUUUUGGAGCCGAAGUGACGCAGAACAGUACACCACGAAGCGGUUUGCAAGUGAUCAGCAUGUUCACCACAGGCAUCCGCCGAUGGGCUGCCUUUGCCCGCUCUCUGACCGAGUUCUCUUCUCUCUGCCGACAAGAUCAAGCGACCCUACUACAAGCAGCUGUUAUGCAGUUAUCAAUUCUUCGUGCAGUCGCUUCGUUUCGUAUGACGGACAAAGAAUGGCGAAUCAACACGCCAGUUGACGAAUUUACACCAUCGCUAAGCCUGGAAGAUGUCCAGCGUCUUCUUUCCCCUCAAUUGGCUGAGAUGCAUCUGACUUUUAUCUCGUCAAUGCAGAAACUUAAAGUUGAUGAGCCCACUAUCAUGUUGUUGAGUCUCAUUACAUUAUUCACGCCGGAGCGGGCCGACCUGGUCGCUCGUGAAUCCAUAGUUAAAGCUCAAGAACAGUACAUUUUACUUCUAGAACGCUAUUGCCACUGGAAAUACGGACCCGACGACAAAGGACGGACGUUUGCAAAUCUUCUGGCCAAAAUGAGCGAUUUACGCGAGUUGAGCGACGUUCACAGCGAUCACCAAGUGCGCUUCGCCAACCAAGAUUUGCAUAAACUCUACCAGGAGCUAGAUACUGAGCCACGCCCCCACGUGAACAUGGACCUAAACAACACAAGUCAUUUCCUCAGCGCCAUGGAAUUCAGUAUCCUAAAGACUCAUCAUACACUUCCGAAACCAGAACCCGUGGCUGAUCCAACCUACCGAGAACUGGCUCAGAUUGAAGAAAUGUGCGCCGUCUUGGAAGGCCAAGAGAAAGAAACGGCCAACGAUGAAAAUCAGAUAAACAUGGAGGAAACAGAUAACCCAGUUAAAGACGGAACACUGUCGUGUACAAAAUAGUAGGACAUCGAAGUCGUACCAUUGUAAAUGUACGUUACAUACUAUUAUAUCCGGUGCCAGAAAUGUUCGUGAUGUGCUUUCCCGGAGCACUUACCAAUGAACGAUAUGUCGAGUCCCACUCGAGCUUCUUUGAUUCUGUCAUUGAUAUUUAACCAUUUAGUGUGAAAUCAAACAUUUGUGUAUUCCUGUCAUGCGGGAUUUUUAUUUUGUAGGCUUGGCGACCACCAAAAAAUAUUACUCUAUAUUUUCCUCGUC